CUUAAAUAUUAUGUGAAAAACUCUAAUCUAAUAUAUUUUUGAAGGCUGAAAUAAAAUAACUAUUAAAACGCCCACCAAAUUAAUAUAUAAAGCCAUUAAAUCAUAAUUUGAUAAUAGGUAUUUUUUUUAUGUUUUCACUCAAAAUAGAUGUAGUUUUGUGGUAUUGCAAUAACAGUAAAAAUAGGAAUAUAAUCUUCGAACAUCUACGUGCAAAAAAUCAUGUGUUUAGUGACAAAUUUCCAAACUUAGUCUUUUCAAACGGAAGAUAUACGUGGACUCCGAUGACAGGUAGUCGGUUCUUUAAGAAAGAAAGCUAAAGCUCAAACAAACAGUGAUGUGAUGAAUAGUUUACACCGCAGUCUUUGGUACAGGCUGUAAUUUUAUUACGGAUUUUUAAAUCAUGAAAGAGUGUUUUCGGUUUUAAAAAAUACAGUGUUUAUCAAAUUUAAAACAUGACAAUAACUUGUAGGAAAAUUCUCAGUGCAUUAGUGUUAGUUAUAAGCCUGUUUUUGGGUGUGUAUGUGAGAUAUAAUGGCCCUGAAGCCCUCAGUGAUAGUUAUUUGAUUAAACUUCCCUGGAAUCUAUGGUUUACUAAAAAUGAUACCAAAGUCAAAAUGCCAAGUCUGGAACAAGAAGUACCUUUCAAAAAAGCCACUUUUGGUAUGGGGUGCUUUUGGGCAAACGAUGCUCUCUUCGGAUCUCAACCUGGAGUCCUACGUACCAGGGUAGGGUACUCUGGAGGAACUACUCCCAACCCUGUCUACAAAAGCAUCGAUAGUGCUUCAAGUGAAGACGGUGCUGCUGCUAAACCUCCCACUGAAAACCCGAGGGGUGAUCAUACCGAAGUGAUAGAAAUAGACUAUGACCCCAAAGUGAUCACAUAUCACGAUCUUCUUCAAUUAUUCUGGAAUAAUCAUGAAUAUGGUUUGACUACCGUAAUCAAGAGACAGUAUAUGUCGCUCAUACUGUAUCACGACGAGGACCAGAAAAGAAUCGCGGAAAAGGAGAUUAAAAUUGAAGCUGGAAAAAGGAAUGAGAAGUUGCUUACGGAACUGGCUCCUGCCGGUCCAUUUUAUCCAGCGGAAGACUACCACCAGAAGUACCGCUUGCAGAAGCACGGCUGGAUAGUGGAGGAGCUGAACCUGACCCCCGAGCUUCUGCAGACCUCCGAAGUAGCCGCUAAGCUCAACGGCUACAUAGCGGGAGUCGGUACUCAAGAUCAGUUCGAGAAGGACAUCAAGCGACUGGCAGUUCCCGAAAAGAUUGCCAGUUUUGUCAAAAUCCAUCUGUUGGAGAACGCUGGCGGUAGCCUAUACUGCUAAAUUACUCGUAAAAUAGUUCUAGAAUACGUUCAGAUUUUGUUUAGCAAGUUCUCCAAACUGGCUUGUCAUUAUAACCUUCACCAGAAAUGUUGUUUCUGGUUAAUGUUAUUCUCGCGACAAAUUCACUGGGUCUGAGUCAUCUCUGCUUGGUUGUCGGUUAUUCUUGGAUAAUAAGAGUAAACAUCCAUCAUAAAGUAAUAAUCAUAGAAGGGGUUUUAAACAAUAAUAACGUUUAUUGCCUUAAACAACUACAACAGUAUUUUAUAUUUAUAUUCCUUCUUUUAUCAUACAUACCAAAAGGUGCCUUUUUGAUGAUUCAUUACUUAAAAUAUUGUAUAUUGCUCAAGAAAUAAAUUUUCUACACUGAAAA